AACAGCAGCAGCAGCAGUAGCAACAGCAAUAGCUUCAGCAGCAACAACAACAACAACAGCAACAACCACUCAGUUUGCAAUCUGCCGCGCUCAUCACCGGCCGCUGCGACCGCAGCCGUUACAAUCGCAGCGACUGGCGGCAGUGUGGUAACUGGCCCAGGCCCCGUUCCGGCACCGGUGGCGCAGCUGCAGCACGGAUUGGCGCCCAGCACGCCACUGCAGCGCGCAACAGCAGCGGGAGGCGGAGGCGCUGGUGUUGCAGGCGCCACGACCUCACCCACAGCUCCUUCACCCUCGCCAGCAGCAGUUGCCGCUGCCGCAGCAGCUACUGCCAACAAUCUGCUCACCCUGCAGCAACAGCAGCAACAACUGCUCUACCAGCAGCAACAGCACCAACAGCAUCAGCAGCAUCAGCACCAUCAGCAGCAGCAGCAGCUCAACUCCCAUCAUUCGCAUCAUAGCAAGGCAGCGGCAGCUGCCGCCGCAACGGCGCACAUUGCAGCUGCAUUGCAGCGAUCGGCCGCCAUUAUGAACGCGGUGGCAUCGCCGAUUCCAGCCAACUCAGCGACGCCGGGUCGCAAGAUACGUCGCAAGACGGAUACCAAAAUUAAUUUGCCGCAAUCACAAAUAAACAAAUGCAACAAUGAGAAGCGACGUCGGGAAAUGGAAAACAAUUACAUUGAGCAGCUCUCCGAGUUUCUGCAGCUCAAUAAACGGGGAGAUAUGACAUCAACGAAACCGGAUAAGGCGGCAAUAUUAAAUCAAGUGGUUCGAACGUAUCGUGAUAUUUGUGACAAAGGCCAAAGCCGUGAUAUAUCCUCAACAUCUACCAAUAAUAAUAAUAAUAACAACAACUCCACAACAACGACCAACAACAACAAUAAUAAUAAUAAUAAUAACAAUAAUAAUAACAAUAAUAACAACAACAACAACAGCCACAAACCACAAGCAACCUCAACGCGCUGCACACGCUGCGCCACCGAUAACUGCUCGAUACACCCUGUGCAACAGGGUGAAGUCUCAUCAACGGAGCCACCAUUGCCAGAGCCAUCGCUGCUGAACGGCCAAGUGCCUGAAAUAUCCGCUUACUUCGAAGCACUCGAGCACUAUAUUAGCUCUGUGGGCUGGGUGCUGCUGCAGGUGAACGCUAACGGCAUCAUUGAGUCCUGCACGCAGAACAUACGCGAACUGAUCGGCUAUGAGAAGCAGGAGCUCUUCCACCAGCCGCUCUACAGAUACCUCUAUGCGGGGGAUCACGCCAAACUGGAGCCGAUCAUAAACAACAUGUACAGCAGUAGCAGUGGCAGCGGAGGCGGCGGAGGAGGAGGUGGAGGAGGAGCCAGUGGCGGCUCAAUUGGCGGCUGGGGUGAUCUCGAUGAGCUGAACAACGGCAAUGCCUCGCAGCAAUCGGCUGGUUCCAAUUCCAGUUCCAGCGCUGGCAACGGCGCGCCCGGUGCACCGGGACCCAUUGGUGGAGCAUCCAAAUCCAAGCGCAGCAUCUCCACCAAGGUGCGCAUGCUAGUCAAGGACACACGACCGGCCACACAGACCUCCUCAAACUGCGAUGCCAUGGACCAGAAGCCGCUCAGGCAGUCCGGACAUCAGGACAAGUAUGAAGAGGUCGUAUUGAUAGCGGCGCCAGUGAAGGAUGACGCCGAUGCGAGCAGCUCUGUGCUGUGCCUGAUCACCAGGCCGGAGGAUGAGUCGCCGCUGGAGAUCAAUAUGCAGCAACAUGUGCAUCAGCAGCCCAUCGAGCAGAUGACAUUCAAGCUGGACGGGCAUGGGAUAAUACUCAGCCUGGAUGCGACGGCGCUGCGUGAGCCAUUCAAACAGCAUCUGCAGUCGUGGGUGGGCCGCCUUUGGCAGGACCUAUGCCAUCCGCAUGAUCUGUCGACGCUCAAGUCGCAUUUGCGCGAUAUACAAGACUCAACAGCGGUGCAUUCUCCGGGCAGCUCCGGCGGUGGCCCCACCAGCGCUGGCUCCAUAUCGAAUGUUAUAUCACGUCCAUUUCGCUUGCGCCUCGGUGCGCCCGAUGUCUAUGUCCAUGUGAAGGCCAAUUCGAGACUGUUCCUCAACCAGACGCCGGGCGAGAGUGACUUCAUAAUGUCCGUGCAGACGCUGCUCAAUUCGGAGAACGACAUGAAUAGCAGCAAUACGGGUGCCAGCGGUGUUGGUGGUGCAGGUGGAAUUGGCAGCGGUGUGACAAGUGGUUUGGGCCUGAGUCAAAUGUGCGUCAUGUCGCCGGGCGCCUCGCUGCCCAGCUCGCUGGUCAAUACGCUCUCGAUGGAAGCGCUGGGGCAUAGCUCCUCCACAUCCUCAGCGGCGUCUGCGUUGUUGCCUACGAAUCUGUUAGGUGGCCUUGUUGGCGGUGGACAGCACAACAACAACAACAACAACAGCAGCAGCAGCAGCAGCAACAACACUGGCAACAACAGCGGCAGCACACAGACCACCAAUGUGGGCGGGCCGCUCAUGAGUUCGGCCAUUAUCAACGGCAGCGGCAUACAGCAGCGUCUGAGCAAUGCGAGCGGCUCCUCGGCCAACUCCUCGGCGGCCACGUUGGUGAAUGCAUUCACCGCUUCGCCGGCGCCCGGGGAGCAUUCGUUUUAUGGCAGCGACGCGUUUGAGUUUGAUAUUGCACAUUCCUCGUUCGACAUGGAUCCCAGCGGUGGGGUGGGCGGCUGGUCCGAUUCGCGUCCCAAUUCACGGGCAUCCGUUGCAACGCCCGUGAGUACGCCGCGUCCGCCCUCGGGGCAUGGCUUCAGUCCGGCUGUAUGUGCCUCGCCAGCCACGCCCUAUCAAUUGUCGUCACAUUCGGCAGCCAGUUUGCCCUCGCCGCAAUCGAAUGCGAGCGCUGGAGCCGGCGGCAGUUAUGGUUUCAAUUUUCACUCCUACGAUCCGGCGGACACCAAACCGGACAAAGAGCAACAGCAACAAGGCAACAACAACAGCAAUGCCAGCAGCAACAGCAAUGCGCUUAUAGGCGGCGGCGGCGGCCUGCCAAAUGGCGUUGGUGGCCUGCUGCUCAGCCAACAGCAGCAGCAACAACAACAGCAACAGCAGCAGCAGCAACAACAACAACAACAACAGCAGGCGCUUCCGCUGCAGGAAUCAUCGGAGCGACUGCGUCAUCUGCUGACCAAAUCACAGAGCAUGGCCAGUGGCCUAGGCGGCGGUGGCCUUGGCGACGAGGAAAAGUACUUUAAGCAAGAGUGCGUCGAGGAUGAGAAGCUGAACGUGGGCCCAGUUGCUGGUCCAGCGGGUGGCUACAAAAUGGGCGCCCAGACGAGUCAGCUGGGCAUGUUUGGCUCGCUGGGACGUGUUGGCCCGAAUGCAACGUUGCUGCAGAAGGCGGGCAACUCCCAAAAUCCCAUGCUGCUCAAGCUGUUGAACGAGAAGAGCGAAGAGGAUGACGGCAGCAGUGGAACGGGCUCGGGUGGUUCCGGCGUGCUCAGUAAUGCGCGCCAGAGCGAACUGAUGCGUCAACUGCAGAAGGAUGAUGGCGGCAGCCAUGGCACCGGGCAUGGCAUGCUCGGCGGCAGCGGCGCCGGCGGUGGCGGCAAUAUGAGCAACGAGGAUCUCAAGCGCAUGCUCAAAAUCCAAAGUGAUCCGGCCAUGAGCCGCAAGCGUUCCCUCAACGAGCCCGACGACGACAUCUCGGCCAAGCGCUCCGAGGACAAGCCCAGCAAGCUGUGCAGCCAAAACAAAAUGCUUGCGAAACUGCUGCAGAAUCCGCCGAAGUUGCCCAAGGCACCAAAUCCGGAACAGCCGCUGCAGGUGAAAACGUUGCCGGACAUCACCAGCUCCACGGUGAACAACGUGAGCAGUUCGCUCGCUGCCCCGGGCAAUCUAAUUAGCGCAGGCAGCACGGGGCCUAAAGCGGCAGCAGCGAAUAGUCGUGUGCGCAAGCAGCAGCAGCAGCUCCAGCACAACAGCAACAUCAGCAGCCAGCAACAACACCACCUACAACAUCAGCAGCAACAGUCAACACCACAGCAAAACGAUGUCUACCUCAGCCAGCAGCAGCAGCAGCAGCUGGCAUACCAGCAGCAGCAGCAGCAGCAGCAGCAACAGCAGCAGCAACAGCAACAGCAACUGCAGCAGCAACUGGCGACCACAGCAACUACCUCAAUACCCGAUCCGGAGCUGUCCAAGCUGCUGGACAGCGUUAUGGAUGCCAUGGACGAUAUGGAUGAUAGGCCUAUUGUGCCCACGGCUCCCUCAGAGGCUUCGGCCAUCAGCGAUAUACAAAAGUCGCUGAUGCUCGAUGUGGAAAUAUCCAACUUUGGCGUCAUCAACAAGCAUUUGCUCAUGUCACAGCAGCAGCAGCAGCAUUUGCUGCUACCGCAACAGCAGCAACAGCAGCAGCAACAGCAACAGCAGCAACAGCAGCAGCAACAGCAACAGCAGCAACGUCAGCAGCAUUUACAGCCGCCAGCCUAUCCAAGCAUGUUGGUGCUGCAUCAACAGCAGCAACAACAGCAGCAGCAGCAGCAACAUCAACCACAGCAACAAACCCAACAACAGCAGCAGCAGCAGCAGCAAUUGAUGCGUCAGCAACAGCUAUUGGAUACUAUGCGCAAUCAGGGCUUUCAACGUCCGCCGCCCAUGUAUCCGGUGCGUGGUCGCGGUCCCAUGAAUGCGGUUGCCACGCCCGGCGGCGGCGUUGUGCUGCCCAAUCAGCAGAUGCGCAACAUACGCCAGCAGCAGCAAAAAGAGCGACUGCUGCAGCAGCAGCAAAACCAACAGCUGCUGGUGCCCGAAAAUGCCACUGGCAUCAAUGCGGGCAUCAACAACAUUGGCUCGCUGCUGAACACCACUGUGGCGCCGAAUGUGUCGCUCUCCAGAACCAAUCUACCGGCGGAUGCUCAACUGAGUCCAAACUUUGCGCAGACCUUAAUGCAGCAGCAGCUCAGCCCUGGACGCAGUGCGCCCUUCAGUCCGCAGCCAAAUCAAGUCUAUGCGGCGCAGUUCGCUCAAAAUGCGCAGCGUUUGUCGCCGCAGCAGCAACAGACAACGCAGCAGCAGCAGCAGUUGGCCUACCUGCAACAGCAACAGCAGCAGCAGCAGCAGCAGCAGGCGGGUGAUGGUGGACGUUCCAAUACGCCGUUUGGCAGUGGCUCCGGCCUGCAGUCACCUGGCAUGCAGAACAGUCCGCAGCAGUGGUCCGCGGCUGGCGGCAAUUCCGGGCCCGGCGGUGCAGGCAGUGGUGCUGUCGGCGGACCGGGUGGACCGCUGCCAGCGGGCAAUGCUGGACGCUCACUGCAGCAGCACAAUAAUCCCUUGCUCAUUGCGCAGCUGCAGAGCAACUAUCCUGCGCGUCAGUAUCAGCAGCAGCAGCAGCAGCAGCAGAGCCAGCAGCGCCGCGGCCUCAACUCCCCCGGCGCCGUUGGACCAGUUGGCAGCAGUGCAGCAGCAGCGGCGGCGGCAGCAUUGCAGCGGCAAAACUCCUUCCAGGCUCAGGGCGGCGGCGGUGCAUCCACGGCCGAUGGCAGCAGCGGACCGGGCGUGGGUCUAAGUUUUGGCGGCGGCCCUCAAUCGCCCUACGGUAACAGUGCGGCGACCAAUGUGUUCCAGCAGCAGCAGUUGCAACGCCUGCAGCGGCAGGGCAGCGUGCCACAAGCAACACAGCAUUUGCCAGGCUCAACGCGUUUCGGUUUGUCGCCAGGCAACAACCACAACAACAACAACAACAGUGGCAACAACAACAGCAGCAACCACAACAACCAUAAUGAUAAUGCGGCUGCCGCCGCUAGUCAACAGCAACAGCAACACCAACACCAGCAGCAACAGCAACAGCAUCAGCAACAGCUGAUGAACGGAUUGAACAUGUCCCCCCAUCCGGCCAUGAUGGGCGUGGGCGGGAUGGGCAGUGGCGGUGGCAACGGCAUCAUUGGGCUGGGUGGUGGCGGCGGCAGCGGCGGCGGCGGCGGUGGUUAUGCAGCGCUCGCUGCCUACGGUCAGGCGCAGCAGGCGAAUGAUUUCUAUGGUCGAGCGCAGACCGCGGGCAAUGGAGGCGGCGGCGGUGGAGGCGUGGCUGGUGGCAAUGUCAAUUCGGACUUUGUCAAGCAGGAGCUGCGCGCCGUUGUCAGCGUGCGCGCCCAUCAGGCGGCGGCGGCUGCGACGGGUGGCGGCGUCGGUGUGGGCGUGGGCGUGGGCGGCGCUGGCGUGGCACAGCGGGGUCAGACGCCGCAGAGUCCGUUGCAGCAGGGACCAAUGAUUGGAGGCGGUGGCGGCAGCGGCAAUAGUACAAAUUCCAUGGGCAAUGCCACGCCCACAGGCAGCGGCAGCAGCGGCAAUCCAAUGCUCAACACGCCGCCAGAUCCAACGCUGGGCUUCAGUUUCGAGACGCCGGACUUUUUCACGACCAGCGCAUCGAGGUGACCCUAAGGCGCCUAAGCAACGCUUCAAGGACUCAAGAACAACAACAACAACAACUUCUAAAUAACAACCACAACAACAGCAACAAUUUAUGUUCUUCAAACGCAUUUAAGGCUCUCAGAACGUUUUUCCUUUAAAAGAAAAAGAAAAAAGAAAAGAAAACAAAAUAAAUAAACUAAAUUAAAUGAAAUGAAAGUCGCAGCAUUUCACAAGGCUUGCAAAAAAGUUUAAACAAAAGCGAACGAACGUCUAGGAAUGUGUAAAUGUUAAAUUUAAAUUAUAUUAGCUGCACUAUACGAUAAGCCAAAACGUUAAAAUAUAUUUAAAUAUAUUAAAUAUAUAUUUAUU